AUGACAAUCGUCACUAUUGACAUGGUAUCUUCAAAUACACAGAGUGGUAUGACAGCUAACUGUAAAAGCGCAUUAUCGCGCGCUGUGAGAAAGUUGAAGGCUGCUGAAGACACAGCUCUGGCUCAUCACUCGGGCAGCUCACAUGCCGCGAACGUGGCAGAUGACACUGCAGAUGAGCAUCAACCGGACGACAACGAGAACGAGCAAGAUCAUGAGGACGUAAUGGCGAUAAGUACACAAAAGGACACACACAAUCGUACUCGUCCCGCCAUGGUCUUCACAGAUAAAGAAGCAAAGCAGCGUCAUUCAGACGAGCAAGUCAGCUUUAUCAUUCUAACGCGCGACAACAACAAGCCGGAUGCGUAUGGAGCAUCGUCAGAAACAUACGGUCCACUUCCAUGGCCAGGUGUUGCUAAAGCAUACAACGAGAAGUACGGGCUGCGCGUCGGUCCAGCGGCGAUGGAGAAGCGCGCACGGCAACAUCGAAGCAGUUGGAUAGCAAAGCAUCCAACUUAUCCGAUUAACAUAAUGUAUGCAGAGAAGCCCAAGGCGCCGCAAGUUCGGCGCUCGGAAGUUCUGGCUGCAAAGCCCCAAGGCUAUUGCGUGCAAAGCAGCACCGGAAAGGAGCAGGUUCGUUGUACAGGCGGAUUUGUUGGCGCUGACCAGUUGCAGACGCAAGCCGAAUCGUUCCAAGCUCACGUCUCUAAUGAUCGUAUUGGCGGGUGGGUGCCGCCAGAUGUCAUUCGCAAUCGGGCGGACCUGAACAAGUACCUAGAUCAACUAAGGUCAGCACAAAUCGAAAGGUUUGUAAUGGAAAUUCUUGAUGCGCAGGACUUAUCACUUGGUGUUAUUUUGGCUGACCGUGGAGACCUUCUCCAGAGUUCGUCUGUGUUCCAACGAUCGAUGAACGGCAACAGUGAUGUACUGGUGCAGCUUCGCUGCUCGUCCAUUGCCGUCGUCCAAUCGUACUUAGACUGCACCUCAGUUGGAGGGCUGACCGAACUGCCAGCGCAUCUCCUUCGCGACGGCAGCUCACUUAUGAGAUUGUACUGCUUCGCCACGCAACUCGAAGAUGACUGGGUUCGUGAGCGGAUAUUGGCUCUGUGGCGUGGUUUUGCAGAGUCCAAUGCAGAAGUGAAUCUAGGGCUCCAAGAUCUCAACCUGCUCUUUGAAAGCACUCGCAUUGGGGACCCAGCGCGUAAUUUCUGGGCCGCUACCGUUCACACUGCGGGGUUGUCGGUUCAGCUCGUUGAGAUGUUUGAGUGCAAUGCGGAAUUGAUCGCCGAGAUCCAGGACGUGGUGGCAAGAGCUUCUGUGUGA